AUGUAUGUGAGGAAGACUUUAUCUGCAGCUGUAUGUUCUCGACAUGAAAUAGUCUUGAAUGUAGCUUCCAGUGGAAUAGCAGCUCUGUUGUUGAGUGGUGGUCGUACGUCACAUUCUCAGUUUCACAUUCCAAUAUAUAUCACGGAAGAUUCUAUGUGCUCAAUUAGUGCUGAUAGUGAUCUUGCUGGUCUUCUAAGAAAAACUAAGUUGAUCAUAUGGGAUGAAGCACCAAUGAUAAACAGACAUUGUUUUGAAGCUUUUGAGAGAACAUUGAGGGACAUUUUACGAGCAAACGACAUGAACAAUGCUAACAAGCUUUUUGGAGGGAUAGUUAUAGUAUUUGGUGGUGAUUUUCGUCAAAUCCUUCCCGUUAUGCCUAGGGGUGGAAGACAAGACAUUGUAAAUGCUUCUAUAAAUUCGUCUAAUUUAUGGAAACAUUGUAUUGUUUUAAAGCUAACAGUAAAUAUGAGAUUGAGUGCUGGGUCUUCAAAUGUGGAGCUGGAAAAGACCAAAGAAUUUGCUUAUUGGAUAUUAAGAAUUGGGAAUGGUAAUGUAUCUGAGCCAAAUGAUGGAGAAGCAACAAUGGAGAUUCCCAAAGAUAUUCUUCUACCUGAGGCAGACGAUCCUCUAAAGUCCAUGAUUGACACAAUAUAUGAUCAGUUGGAGACGAGCUUAUCAAAGGCCAGGUAUUUUGAAGAGAAAGCCAUAUUGGCUCCAACAAAUGAAGUCGUUAAGAAAAUUAAUGAUAAGGUUAUGGAGAUGCUGCCAGGUGAAGAAAAAGUUUAUUUGAGUUCAGAUAGCAUUUGUAAACAAGACAAUCCGUCGAACUCCAACUUAGAUUUGUAUACUCCUGAUUUUCUUAACAAAGUUGAACUAUCCGGACUUCCAAAUCACAAAUUAUGUCUUAAAGUUGGAGUUCCGGUAAUGUUACUAAGGAAUGUUGAUCAGACGGCUGGUUUGUGUAAUGGAACUCGACUUUUAGUACGCAGACUUGGUAAACAUGUUAUAGAGGUUUCUAUUAUUACUGGUACGAAUAUUGGAAACGUUCAUUUCAUACCAAGAAUGCCAUUGACCUCCUCAGACAAACGCAUGCCAGUUAAAUUCCAGAGAAGGCAGUUUCCUGUAGCACUGUGUUUUGCGAUGACCAUAAAUAAAAGCCAGGGUCAAAGUUUGUCUAAAGUUGGCAUUUACCUUGAAAAACCUGUUUUCACUCACGGGCAACUUUAUGUUGCACUAUCUAGGGUUAAGAGUAAAGAUGGGAUAAAGAUCUUUAUUGCCGACAAUGAAGGUAAACGAAGCAGGUAUACAACCAAUGUUGUAUACAAAGAGGUAUUGCAGAAGGUCUGA